CGUCUCUAUAAAAGUUGAUCUGGUUUGAUCACUGAUCAUCAUUAUACAGCAUAAUAGAAUCCAAAAAUGGCUACAGCUAUGGAUCCCGUACGUGAAAAAGCUCUUCAAGAUUAUAGAAAAAAACUUAUGGAACAUAAAGAAACUGAGUCACGAUUAAAAGAAAUGCGUGAACAUUCGAAGGAUCUUGCCAAGCAGUAUGACAAAUCAGAAAAUGAUCUCAAAGCUCUGCAAAGUGUAGGCCAGAUCGUGGGAGAAGUAUUAAAACAGCUGACUGAAGAAAAAUUUAUUGUAAAGGCUACCAACGGCCCUCGUUAUGUUGUCGGAUGCAGACGUCAGUUGGAUAAAAAUAAAUUAAAAUCAGGGACCAGAGUAGCUCUUGAUAUGACUACUUUGACUAUUAUGCGGUAUUUACCCCGUGAAGUUGAUCCUUUGGUAUAUAAUAUGUCCCAUGAAGAUCCUGGUGAUGUAACUUAUUCAGCUAUUGGAGGACUGAGUGAACAAAUUCGUGAGCUACGAGAAGUCAUAGAGUUGCCUUUAUUAAAUCCUGAACUCUUCCAGCGAGUAGGUAUUACUCCACCAAAAGGAUGUCUUUUAUAUGGACCUCCUGGAACGGGAAAAACACUUUUAGCUCGAGCUGUUGCCAGUCAACUUGAUGCUAAUUUUCUCAAAGUUGUCUCGAGUGCUAUAGUUGAUAAGUACAUCGGUGAAUCAGCUCGAUUAAUUCGUGAAAUGUUUAAUUAUGCACGCGACCAUCAGCCUUGCAUUAUAUUCAUGGAUGAAAUUGAUGCUAUUGGUGGUCGAAGAUUCUCUGAGGGUACUAGUGCUGAUCGUGAAAUUCAAAGAACACUUAUGGAGUUAUUGAAUCAAAUGGAUGGUUUUGAUUCCUUGGGUCAAGUUAAAAUGAUUAUGGCGACUAACAGACCAGAUACUCUUGACCCAGCUUUAUUACGACCGGGAAGAUUGGACAGGAAAAUUGAAAUUCCAUUGCCAAAUGAACAGGCGAGGUUGGAAAUUUUGAAAAUUCAUGCACUGCCAAUCGCUAAACAUGGAGAAAUUGAUUAUGAAGCUGUUGUUAAACUAUCAGAUGGAUUUAACGGAGCUGAUUUAAGAAAUGUAUGCACAGAGGCAGGAUUAUUCGCAAUACGUUUAGAACGCGAAUACGUUAUCCAAGAAGACUUUAUGAAGGCGGUUAGAAAAGUAUCAGAUAACAAAAAAUUGGAGUCGAAGUUAGAUUACAAGCCAGUUUAACUCUUUUUUAAAGCUUUCUUAUGUCUAUGCGUUUUAUUAUAAUAAUAAUUUGAAUAAAUAGAGUGAAUUUUUUUCACAAUUGAUUUGUAUUUGAUUAUAAUUAUAUACAAAAUAACAAAAAUACAUAAUUUGUUAAUCAACUAUA